GGAAAAAACGCAUGGGAAGGAAAGGGAGGUUUCAAGCUCACCAAUAGUGUCAAAGUGACAACGUUCAGCACAGUACAAAGUAUUCACAUUCUCAGGCGCCUGCUACUGAAACGCUUCACCAAGAUUACUUUGUUUAACAUAAUCCAUCUUUCUCUUUUUGUGUUGAAUUGUAUUUGACAUAUGAGCUGUAGUGACUAAGAUGCAUGCAGGCAGUCAGAGAGGUCCGGAAGGAGGAGAGUCGUACCUUGGAACUGCCUCAACAGCCAGUAUUAAGCCUCAGCUACAUGGAUCCCGACCUCCUCAGACUCCCACUCGGCCUUCCCUUAUGGGCCCUCCCCCUACUCCUCCUUCUAGACUACCACGCAGGACCCCGGGACCCUCCGGGACCCCUGCUGAGGCCAGUGUGCUGAGUGGAGGCUCUGGAAGUACACAAGGUUCUGGAAGACCUCCACAUAAGCCAUCCCCUUUCAAAACUGUACUGAAAGCUAGACUCCUCACAACCCCUGGGAAAAACACUGGGCCAUCUUUGGCCACAGCAUGCAAACCUGCUGCUCUCAUCAGCAAAGGAUCUUUAAUCAGUCCUCUGAAAAGAACUUCUGCAAGACUUCUUCGUCUCACUUCAAGUGCACAAGUGGACAAGAGCAAACCCAAGGCCACCUCCCGCCAGCAGGCGCCCCAGCAGCAAGCGCCCCAACCGAGCCAGCGCAGUGGACCUCCGGAUGUGGUGCCAGCGAGUGUCGCCGAGGGGGCCGAGAAGGACCAAAGCCUCCAGCAGCUCACGGCACUCCUGGCAGCCAGCAACCGCAGAUUUCAGGCCAUCGCCAUCGUCUUGCAGCGAACUUUGGCUGAGCGUGAUGAAGCAGCAAAGCAGAGCAGCGACCUGUGCCAGGAGCUGGCCAGCCUUCGAGGAGAACUGGUCUGCUCCGUCCAUUCAUCUGAACGCCUGGAGCAGGAGAAGGAUGAGCUGCGUGUUGCUCUGCAGGAAGCACUGCACAAACUACAGGAGAAACACCGCAACGACAUGGUCGAGCUGGAACAGAGACUUCAGGCCUUCUACCAGGCUGAGUGGGACAAAGUCCACCUCAUCUACCAGGAGGAGACCGACAAGUGCAAGACUCUCAUGCAGCAGCAGUUGGAAGAGCUUAAAGCCAAUCAUGAAGCCAUGAAGCUGGAACUAGGGAGCAGCCAUGCAGAACAGCUGCAGUCUGUUAGACAGCAGUAUGACAUGUCACUGAAAGAGCUCAGCAAAGACCACAACCAGGAGCUGCAGUCUCUGGAAAAAGCUCUUGCAGAGACAGGAGCCGCUCUAUCUGGACGGAUCGAAGAGCUCACUGUGGAGAACAAUGCUCUGAUUGAGAAGUUAGCUGUGGUAGAGAACAGGAGGCAACCGCUGCACGAAAAGAGCCAGUUGUCCCCUCAGAAGGACUCCCACACGCUGUAUCUGGAACAGGAGCUGGAGAGCCUCAAGGUGGUACUGGAUAUCAAAAACAAACAGCUGCACAUGCAGGAGAAGAAGAUGAUGGAGAUAGCGACACUGACCGAGAAAAAUGUGAAGUUGGAUGAAAGCCUUAAGAAGGUCCAGCAGGAGAAUGAGGACCUCAAAGCCCGAAUGGAAAAACAUUAUACACUGUCAAGGCAGCUGUCGACGGAGCAGGCGGUGCUGCACGAGUCCCUCCAGAAGGAGACCAUGGUGAACAAGCGUCUGUCCAUGGAGAACGAGGAGCUGAUAUGGAAGCUGCAAAAUGGAGACCUCAGUAGCCCCCGCAAAGUGUCCUCUACCUCUACCUCCACCUCCCAGUCCUUCAGCCUUCAGUCUCCUCACAGCCCAGGCGCGUUAUCCAGCCCCUCGGUCUCGCCCAGAUAAUGAUGGUCCCUUGCUUCCAAGAAACUUUUCCCUUCUGGAAUUAAAAGCCAUGUUUGUUUCCUGUUUGCUUACCAACACCACAGCCUGACUUUGGCCCCUUCAGGACUGGAUGAACUCUGACACUUUUUGUACAGACAGUUUAAAAAAAAAAAAAAAGAAAGAAAUUUAAAAUAGUUGCACAGAUGCACUUAAUAAACAAGGUUGCCUUGUUUUUCUUCCUUUCACGUCUGGUACUAUAGAGGGGGGUGAAGGAAAUCUCAGGACUUCUAAGUUAUGAUACACUAUUGUUAUUGUUUGUUGACAGACUUGUCUGCCCUGAAGCUAAUCGCACACAGAGUACAUGCCGUAAGAGACCCACUAAUGUCAGCACGUGCGAUUCAGCCCUUGUUGUCACAGCCAUUGAAAGUCUAAAUUCAGAGUAACUGUGAAUACGGAUGACUUUGCCGCCACUCAGGGCGCAUUUUAUUCAAAAUGUGCAUGAAAUAUGGAAUUUCUCCUGUUUAUUCCUCCAUUUCUCUCCAGUUCGCUUUAAGAGUGAUAUUCAAAUGGUCACGUCACUCGCGUCCCGCUGCUCCGCAGUACACCAGAGCUGUGCAGCUCUCAAUCUUUGUUCAGAAUAUUUUUUGAGGUUUUUUUUUUUUUUUUUUAAUGGUUAAGGUUAUUUUUUUCUUUUUGUUACACCUAUCUUGUCAGAUUAAGUAUAAUCUGCUGCCUCAAACCUGCUUUGUGUUCCACGUGUGUUUUGUUUGACCAAGGGACCAAUCCGGGUCUUUGCAUGUGUUUGCGUCUUGGUAAUCACCCCGUACUGAACCCUCGUAAUGCAGCUUUAGAGACGCAGCCUACAGCCUCUGCUCGUACGCUUCCCGAGACACUGCAAUGUCGCCGACAUUUGUCCAGAAAUGUUUUUUGUGUCUUGACUCUUUUUGAAAUAUGCAAAUAAAGUAUUGUUAUAAAGUC